CCGGAUUUUAACUCAGGUCCUCCUAACUCCAGGCCCAGUGCUCUAACCACUACACCACCUUGCUGCUUCUAGGAGAGGAAGGGCCAGCUACGGAGGCUCAGCCUACUGUACUCUUGAUCUAGCCAGCCGUUUUUCCUCCCCAAAUUCUCAUGUUCCCUAGUAUCCCAUUCCUUCCCGCCUUGCCAUCCCAACCUCCAUCAUGCUUUCAUCAAGUCAAGUAUUUAUCUUUUCAUUUAAUCAUUCCUACAGUCCCACCUUAUUCUGUCCCUCCUCCAUUUCAAAAAUGCCUCUCUCUCUAUCACAGGCCAACGGACCCUUUGUCAUCAAAGUGAGACCCUCGAGACAGUCAUCUUGGUAAACCCCAAUGCAGGGAGCAUCAGCUCUGAGGUGAGGCAGUGGCCCAGUGCUUUUCCUUCUUAACACUAAGAUACCUUCUCCCCCUGCUUCCUACCACAUGGCUAAGAGUCACCACACUUGACCCCCAAUUCUCCCUUUCCCACCGUCUCUGGGUCCCCCUUCCAGAGGUACCGUACCAAUACCAGACUCAAUCCAAAGUAUAUAUACAUAAAGGGAACUAGGGCAUCACCCUACAGGACUGAAUAAGAUGAAAAGUACAGUUGUCUUUUUGUCUAUUUCUUACCUCUUUCUAGGUUUACUCCCUCCUUAGCAGUGCAUCAGCUCACAAGCUGUUGAUCUUGAGUGGACAGAGUUCAGAGCCUGGUGGGGACCUCAUCCUACAGAGUGGCACCUACUCCUACCAGAAUUUUGCCCAGGUCCUUCACAAUCCAGAGGUGAGCUUCAUUUUGGAGUUUUGGAGAAGGGAACCUAAAAGCAGGCAAUCACUAGGGGACUGGGGACUGGGGACUGGGGACUGAGAAGGAAGGAGGGCCAUGGAAGACAUUGAAAGGUUCUUAUGUUAGAGCCCUCAGCCUUGGGAAGAAUAGGGGUGGUGACCCUGGUCAGAGGUGGAACUCAACACCAGGUGAAAGGUAGGUCAGCUCCAAUGACCUUGACUGGGUUUUUAUCCUGUUCCUUUAGGUUGCACAACUGCUCAGCAACAGAGACCCCAGUGUUCAAGCCUCCCUCACUGUGUCGUGCCUGGGCGAGGGUGAUUGGAGCCGCCUGGGCCAAUAUAGCUCCCAGGAAACCUUGCACCUUCGGCUAAACCCAGAACCCACGUUGCCCACCAUGGAUGGUGUGGCUGAGUUUGCAGAAUAUGUCUCUGAGACUGUGGAUGUGCCAUCUCCCUUUGACCUUCUGGAGCCCCCUACUUCUGGAGGCUUCCUCAAGCUUUCCAAGCCUUGUUGCUACAUCUUCCCUGGCGGUCGUGGGGACUCUGCUCUCUUUGCUGUCAAUGGUUUCAACAUCCUAGUGGAUGGUGGCUCCGACCGCAAAUCCUGCUUCUGGAAGCUGGUGAGGCACCUUGAUCGCAUCGACUCAGUCCUGCUCACUCACAUCGGUGCGGAUAACCUGCCUGGCAUCAACGGGCUGCUGCAGCGCAAGGUGGCAGAGCAGGAGGAGGAACAGUCCCAAGGCUCCAGCAGCUACAGCGACUGGGUCAAGAAUCUCAUCUCCCCGGAGCUUGGGGUGGUCUUCUUUAACGUCCCCGACAAGCUGCGCCUGCCCGAUGCUGCCCGAAAAGCCAAGCGGAGCAUCGAGGAGGCCUGCCUGACCCUACAGCACCUGAACCGUCUGGGCAUCCAAGCAGAGCCGCUGUACCGGGUGGUUAGCAACACCAUCGAGCCACUGACUCUCUUCCACAAAAUGGGUGUGGGCCGGCUGGAUAUGUACGUCCUCAAUCCUGUCAAGGACAGCAAGGAGAUGCAGUUCCUCAUGCAAAAGUGGGCAGGCAACAGCAAGGCCAAGACUGGUAUCGUGCUGGCCAAUGGGAAAGAGGGUGAGAUUUCAGUGCCCUACCUCACUUCUAUCACUGCCCUGGUGGUCUGGCUACCAGCCAGUCCCACAGAGAAGAUCGUACGGGUGCUUUUCCCUGGGAAUGCCCCCCAGAACAAGAUCCUAGAGGGGCUGGAGAAGCUUCGUCACUUGGACUUCCUCCGCUAUCCUGUGGCCACACAGAAAGACCUGGCCUCUGGGUCUCUACCGGCUAACCUGAAACCCAGUAAGAUCAAACAGAGGGCCGACAGCAGAGAGAGCCUCAAAGCAUCUGCCAAGCCGGCUGUGGGUAAGCUGGCCAAACGGGAAGAGGUGCCUGAAGAAGGGGCAAAGGAGGCCCGGUCAGAGCUGGCCAAGGAGCUAGCCAAGAGCGAAAAGCGGGCAAAGGAGCCCCCAGAGAAACCGCCAGAGAAGGCGGCCAAGACUGAGAGGGUCCGAACUGAGUCCAGUGAAGCGAUGAAGGCUGAGAAGAGGAAGCUGAUCAAAGAUAAGACUGGGAAGAAGCACCUGAAGGAGAAGGUGUCAAAACUGGAAGAGAAAAAGGACAAGGAGAAGAAAGAGAUCAAGAAGGAGAGGAAGGAGAUCAAGAAGGAGGAGGGGAAGAGGGAAGAGAAAAAGGAUGCUAAGAAGGAGGAUAAGAAGAAAGAUACUAAGCCAGAACCCAAGAAAUUUUCUAAGCCAGACCUGAAACCCUUUACUCCUGAGGUAAGAAAGACACUGUACAAAGCUAAGGUCCCAGGCAGGGCCAAGACAGAAAAGAGUCGGGUAGUCCGUGAGAAGGAGGUCUCCCUUGAACCCCGGACACCUCCAGCCCAGAAGGAGGUGGCACCACCGCCGGUAGUCACUGCGCCAAGAGAGCUGGUCUUAUCCUCACCAGAAGACCUCACCCGGGACUUUGAGGAGAUGAAGCGUGAAGAGAGAGUUUUGCUAGAGCAAAAGGACAGCGACCUGGAAGUGAGACCGCAGCCUCCUGAAACUAGGGAAGAAGGACUUCCCAGCACAGCCGAUCUGGAUAUUGUGCCUCCUGGCCCAGGCCUGGAUCAGGACGAGGCUCUGAAGGGAGAGAAAGAGGUUGUUGCCCCAGAAACCCCCGAAGUUCCCGCCUACAAGGUCGGGAGCCCUGGUUCUGAGGCCAAAGAAGAGGAGGGUGAAGAUGCUGGGGAGGUCCAGGGUGGGCAGCAAAGGGAAGCUGAGAGGUUUCUAGAGGGAAAAGAGGCCAGAGAAGAGAGUGAACCAGAGGCAAAGGAGGAUGUGAUUGAAAAAGCUGAGCUGGAAGAGAUGGAAGAAGUACAUCCGUCAGAGGGAGAGGAGGAAGAACAGGAGGAGGAGACGAAGGCUGAGGGUUUCUACCAAAAGCACCAGAUGCAGGAAUCAUUGAAGGUCACCUCACAGGGCAAGGAGGCUCUUGGGGGUCGGGACCUGGGACCACAGGGUAAGGCCCCUGAGAAGGAGACAUCAUCGUUCCUCAGCAGCCUAGCUACUCCUGCAGGAGCCACAGAGCAUGUCUCAUAUAUACAGGAUGAAACCAUCCCUGGCUACUCAGAAACAGAGCAGACCAUCUCAGACGAGGAGAUUCAUGACGAGCCUGAGGAGCGCCCCGCCCCACCCAGGUUUCCUCCAGGUACCUAUGACCUCUCCGGGCCUGAUGCUCCCAGCUCCUUUGAGACUAGCCAGCCCAUUGAUAGUACUGUACCUUCCACCCCUGCCAAGGGCUAUGGGCCCCCAGAAACAGAACUCCUCACUUACCCUCCCAACAUGGUGGCUGCCCCCUUGGCUGAAGAGGAACAUGUGUCCUCAGCCACCUCUAUCACCGAGUGUGACAAGCUAUCUUCCUUUGCCACAUCAGUGGCUGAAGACCAGUCAGUAGCCUCACUCACAGCUCCCCAGACCGAAGAGACAGGCAAGAGUUCCUUGCUGCUGGACACAGUCACUAGUAUCCCUUCAUCUCGCACUGAAGCUACUCAGGGCCUAGACUAUGUACCAUCUGCUGGUACUAUCUCUCCCACCUCCUCCCUGGAGGAAGACAAAGGCUUCAAGUCUCCACCCUAUGAGGAUUUCCCAGUGCCCAGUGAGACUGAGAAGAAGGGAGAAGUCCCAGGAAGAGGCCUGCCUGGAGAGGGAGCUGCAGAAGAGGAGGAGGGAGAUGAGACACCUAAUGUGGAGCUAUCAGAAAAACUGCAGGAUCACUACGGAUCACCACUCUUUGACACUCCUGGAUCCACUCUCCACUCAGGGGAACCCAUCCUUGGGGAGCCAGAGGAACGCUGCUUCAGUCCUGAUGACAGUACGGUCAAGAUGGCAUCACCACCCCCCUCAGGCCCACCCAGUGCUGCCCACACACCAUUCCACCAGUCCCCAGUGGAGGAUAAGUCUGAGCCUCAGGACUUUGAUGAAGCAGUUUCCUGGGGAGAGGCUGGACGUACACCGGGAGUUGGCAAGGAAGACAGUUCUAAGGAAAAGCCCAGAUCAGAAACUGUGGAAAGAGAACCAGAAAAGGAGAAGGAGCAUACGCCAAUACUCACGAGCCCUCAAACCCAAGAAACAACUGUGAGAGGAAUCCCAGAGAUUCCAGAACAGGACAAAGCUGCUGUCUUAGAGACUGUGAAGGCUCCAGAGAGCCCAGCCCUGAUUCCUAGUGCAGAGACCCUUCCUAAAGGCCUAGAGGCUUCACUCCAAGAGGCAGACAGGAUCCAAAGGGCUGAACCACCACAGGUUUCUAGCAGAAUUCCCUCACCAGAAGAUGCUGAGUCUGUCUCAAUACCCAAGGCAAUCUCUGCCAGCAAAGAACCUGCUUCACAGUCUCCUCAGGGCUUAGCAGCACAUGACCUACCCAAGGACCAUUGGCCAGAAGUCUCCCCUGAGGAUACCAGGUCACUUUCUCUCUCUGAAGAGAGUCCUAGCAAGGAGACUUCUCUAGAUAUCUCCUCCAAGCAACUGUCACCAGACAGUCUAGGUACUCUCCAGUUUGGGGAUUUGACCCAAGAAAAGGAGGAGAGAGUGCCUCAAGCCCUGGCUGAGCAUGCCACUCAUCACCUGGCCCCUGCAUCUGACCAUCCAGCCAUGGGGCUUCCUGUCACGGAAACAUCCCCAACACACACUGUUCAGACCCAUGUCACCGAAAACAGCCCCAUCAGAGAGGCAUCUGCCAGUCACUCCUCUCCCACUGAGGUAUUGAGAGACUUGAAGCUUUCUCCUGGAUUGACCCCAGGCCCUGAGCAGGAUGAUCUGAUCUUGGACAGCUCUCUCACUAAAGGCCCUAAGCCCCCUCAGAGCCCAGCUGUGAAAGACACAGCCCCAGGGUGGGAGGGUGAGGCCCCAGGGCAGGACAUUAAGGCCCUGGAGCAGAAGACAAGUUCCCCAGAACCAAAGGAUGAGGCUCUGGAGCAGUACGAGACCUUUGAAGAGAAGGGCAAGUUAUUGGAGGAAAAGGAUAGGACCCUGGUAGAAAAGAGCAGGGACCUGGAGAAGGGCAAAUCCCUAGAAGAGAACAAGGCCCUGGAGAAGAACCGGGAACUGGAGGAGUAUGAGGCCCAGGAAAAGGACAAGGCCCAAGCAGAGGCCCUGAAAGAGAAGGACAGACUCCAAGAAGGGGAGGACACAGCUGUGGAAGGGGACAGGGACUUAGAGCAAAAGAUCCCAAUGAGGGAGGACGCAACCACAAAAGAAAAAGGCGAGGUCCUCGAGGACAAAGCCCCAACGCAGCAGGAUAAAUCACCAGACGAGGCCCCAGAGCAGGUAAAAACACAGGAAGAAAAUAGGAUCCUAGCAGAAAAAGACAAGGCCCUGGAGCAGAAAGAAAAGACCUCAGAGGACAAAACCCUAGAGAAGACCACGGCCUCCAUCUGGGAAUACAAGUCCCAAGAGCAGGAGGAGAAAUGCUGGAGGGAACGGGAAGACGUGAGCAGAGAAUGGCAGGGCCCGGCCCCAACCAGGGAGGCUGCUGCUGGGGAACAAAGAGAGACUGCUCCAAGGUGGGAAGACAGGGCCCCUGAGCAAGACAGGUACUGGCAAGAACCAGAGGACAGGGCAGCAGAAGAGGAAACAUACUGGAGGGAGUUGAGUUGUGAGAGAAAGGUCUGGUUCCCACAUGAACUGGACAGGGCCCCAGGCCCAGGGGCCCGACCCCGGUACAGCGAAGAACGGGAGAGCACCUUCCUCGAUGAGGGACCGGAUGAUGACCAAGAGGUGCUCCCCCUGGAUCACGCACCCAGGAGCCCCUGGAUCCCAGACUAUAAGAGUUUCCAGGAGCCGUCACCACAGGGUGAACUGGAGAUGGAGCAUUGGCUCUCAGAGUCCCCUACUGGACUUCCACCAAAGAAGGAGAGGGUAACUCGUUCCCCCUUUGAGAUCAUUUCCCCUCCAGCUUCCCCACCUGAGCUGGCUGGGCAGAUGGCUUGCUCAGUUCUGGAUCAUGCUGCUGCUCCUUCAGUCCUCGGCCAAGAGACCCCCAGCCCAGAGCCCAAACCCAAACCCACUACACAGAAAGAGCCUACUACACCUUCGUGGCUGGCUGAGAUCCCGCCAUGGGUCCCCAAGGACAGGCCGCUCCCCCCAGCACCUCAGUCCCCUGCUCCAGUACCCCCCACACCUGCCCCAGAGCCACUCCCUCCUGCCCCUUUCUCCUGGGGUAUGGCUGAGUAUGAUAGCGUGGUGGCUGCAGUGCAGGAGGGAGCAGCUGAGUUGGAAGGAGGGCCGUAUUCACCCCUAGGAAAAGACUACCGAAAGGCUGAAGGAGAGGGAGAGAGUGGAAAGGAGGAUGAGACUUCCGACCGAGGCCCUCAAAGCUCAGAGGUUCCCGAGCGCUCCAAAGCCAAGGAGCCUGAACAGACAGAGCCGGAGCAGAGGGAGCCCACACCCUACCCCGAGGAGAGGAGCUUUCAGUAUGCGGAUAUCUAUGAGCAGGUGCUUCUCUCUGGCUUCAGUUCCGCUUGUCCAACCAGGGAGCCCCCACUGGGUGCAGUGGGGGACUGGCCCCCGCGAAUCUCAGCCAAGGAAGAGGCAGCUGGCCGGCACACCCCUGCAGAAAAAGAGCUGUCAUCUCCAGCCUCUCCUAAGGACCGAAGUACAGACAUAGCCUUCCACUACGCAGCGUUUCCUGGACAGGGUGCACUGAGGCAGGAAAUCGAGCAAGAGCAGGGUCCCAUCCCCCCAGCUGUGCCUCCCUGUGCUGCUGCUCCAAGCAAAGCCCUUAGUCCCCUUCCUGACGGAAACAUCCUGAGCUGCGGACCAGAAGGGGUAACCCUAUCCCCAAAAGAGUCAGGUGGAGGGCAGGCAGAAUGUUGGGAUGAACAGGCCAGCGACUCUGAGCUGGAGAAGGGGGCCCGGGAGCCACCAGAGAAGGAAGCCCGGCCCUUAAGUCCCCCAUCCCCCACCCCUGCUGAACCUUCUAUUCCCAAGGCUGGCUCUGAAGUGCCUGCUAGUGCUUCCUCUGGCUCACCCCCCGCCCCAGCUCGGCCUAGCCUGGACUUUCCUGCCUCAGCCUUUGGUUUCUCCUCAUUGCAGCCGUCCGCCCCGCAGCUGCCCUCCCCGGCUGAGCCUCGAUCUGCACCCUGUGGCUCCCUUGCCUUCUCUGGGGAUCGUGCGCUAGCUCUCACCCCAGGACCCCCAACAAGGGCACGGCAUGAUGAGUACCUGGAGGUGACCAAGGCUCCUAGCCUAGACUCCUCACUACCCCAGCUUCCAUCCCCCACCUCUCCCGGGGCUCCUCUCCUGUCCAGUUUGCCCCGGCCUGCCUCACCUGCUCUUUCGGAGGGCUCCUCAUCUGAGGCCACCACUCCCGUCAUCACCAGUGUGGCUGAGAGCUUCCCUCUGAGCUUGGCAGCUGGGGAGAUGGAAGCAGGAGCAGAACCAGAAGGCAGAAGCCUCUGGGACCUAACCACACUGAGCCCAGCCCCUCCAGCCACACUGAGCCCUGCCCCUGCCCCCGGCACACCUGGGGACAUGGAUGAUGGUACCCUGCCCUGCCGCCUGGAGUGCUCGGGAGCAGCCGCCAAGGUCCUGGGAUCCUGCUCAAGCCCAUCCAGGGACUGUGCAGCUAAUGGCCCUACUGAGGCCAGCCCCAGUCCCCCAGGGCUCCCCACAGCCAAAGAAGUUGAAGAGAAAGCUGAGCUUCGCCCAGACUGGGAAUGUGGAGGCUGGCCUGAAGGAGCAGAGAAGUGCACCCGGCCAGCCACCCUGUUAUCUCCAGAGCGGCCCUUGUGUCCAGGAGGAUCUGCAAGGAGCCAGCCCAGCAGUGCCUCCCCUGAGCCAGAAUCUGGGCCUCAAGGAUGUGCUGCUGAGUCGUGGCCCUGCUGUGGAGAGUUGUCCCCAUCUUUUCUCAACCCUUCCCUGCCCAGGUCCAUUGAUGAUAGCGAUCUUUCCACUGAAGAGGCACGUGACUCGGGCUCCUCACAGUCAGACUCAGAUGUCCCCCCAGAGACUGAGGAGUGUCCCUCCAUCACAGCUGAGGCAGCACUGGACUCAGACGAAGAUGGUGACUUCCUACCCGUGGACAAAGCAGGGGGAGUCAGUGGGGCACACCAUCCCCGGCCUGUCCAUGACCCACCCCCAGCUCCCCAACCUGACCCCCACCCACCCCCUCCACGCCCUGACGUGUGCAUGGCUGACCCAGAGGGUCUAAGUACAGAAGCGGGGCGGGCUGACCGGCUUCGGGAAAAGGAGAAGGAAAAGGGGCGGAGUGGGCGAAGGGCCCUAGGCAGGGCCAAGCCAGCCUCCCCUGCCAGGCGACUGGAUCUUCGGGGCAAACGCUCUCCCACUCCUGGGAAGGGCCCCGUCGAACGCACCUCCCGAGUCCCACCUCGGCCCCGUGCCACCGCAGGCCAGGUACCACCUGAAGAAAAGGACGGACACAACAUUCUGACCAAAGGACUGGUCAAUGGGCUCAAGACUGGUUCAACUGCCAUGGGCCAGAAGGGUGGCUCUGGCCCUCCAGUGUAUGUGGACCUUGCUUACAUCCCUAAUCACUGCAGUGGCAAAACCGCUGACCUUGACUUCUUCCGCCGUGUGCGGGCAGCUUACUAUGUGGUCAGUGGGAAUGACCCCGCCAAUGGAGAGCCAAGCAGGGCCGUCUUGGAUGCACUGCUGGAGGGCAAAGCACAGUGGGGAGAGAAUCUGCAGGUAACUUUGAUCCCUACCCAUGACACAGAAGUGACCCGUGAAUGGUAUCAGCAGACACAUGAGCAGCAGCAACAGCUGAAUGUCCUUGUCCUGGCCAGCAGCAGCACGGUGGUCAUGCAGGAUGAGUCCUUCCCGGCCUGCAAGAUCGAGUUCUGAAGGGACCACUUUCCCCUCCCUUUCAUACCCCUUUCCCCAGCUUUCCCAGAGAAUGGCUGAGGCUGAGUCCUUUGGGAGUGGGGGGCUAUGGAGGCUGAAUGGGGCAAGAUGCUUGGGUUCUGGGGGCUGUGUUGAGUGGGAGGCAUCAUUCCUUCCUCCCCACCCCACCCCCCCAUACACAAUGUCUCCUUUCCCUUUAUCCACAGGCCUGAGAGAGGUCUCAGAACCAAAGGAUUUCCCCAGAACCAAAGGGAGCAGGGAGGUGGGGUAGGCACAAAAUGGGGACAGGGGAAGGUCACUUGCUGCCUGGCAACCUCGGAAUAACUCACUUUCUUCCAGUACUGUCAAAGGCUGGAGUAUAGGGGUGGGAAUAAGUACAGGACCCAGGGUUCUCAUGGAGAGCUCUGUCUUCUAGCAUGGAGGAAGACCACUCCCCACUCCUGGGGGGCCUCCCUAUCCCAAAAGUAUUUAUUUUGCAUCCCAGGAUUUCCAAUUAUAAUUUAUUAUAUGACCUGGGGACAUGAUAAUUAAAUGAGGAGUCCAUUAAAUGCCCAGAGCUACAACCCUGUCUCCCACCCUCCAAUUGUGGCAGGAGUUGGGGGUGUCUUGCUGCUACCCUGCCCCCAGGAUUCCUUUACAUCUGAAUGUCUCAAUCCAAAACUUGAAGCUCUUUUGACCAAUGGGCCAAACUGGGGAAGAGGGGAGGUUCUACUUUCCCCUAUCAGCCUCUGCCCCUCAUUGGUAGGCAGCAAAGGCAGGGAUCUUGCCUCUAAUCUCAUUCAUAUGCCAAGGGCUUAAUGCCCAGGCCAGGCCAGUUGGGCAGCAGAGGGGAUGAGGGAGGAACCAGACCAGCCCAAUCCCAGAGCUUAUCCAAGCCCCCGGACUCCAUGGCAUAUUCCCUCCCAUGCUACUGCCCAAACCUUUCCUGCUUGGCUUCUAUGCAUGUGGCCAUCUAUGCUGGCCUGGUGUGUAAUGGGUGAAAAUACGCCACUGCUUGAACCCUAACAUUUGACACCCCAACAUUGUGCAAUACCCCCAACAUUCCCAAUACCCUACUGCCAUCCUGUCGCUAAGAUCGGGAUACCUAUUUCCUCCCUAGCCCAGAGUUCCCAGAAAUUAGAGCUGGGAGGUGGAAGCCAUAGCAGAGGAAGAGUGGGAUGGGGGAGGGGGGGAGUGCAGGGGAGGAGGUGGAACUAAACUGCAGCUCAUCCCUGCAGGAUCAAAAUGGCUGAACAUGGCACCUGAGAGAAAGGGACCCCCCCCCCCAGAAAGUCCAUGUGUUGCCCUGCCAGUCUGCUGCCAGAUUGUGAGGCCCAGACCCUGACACAGCUGGUUGAAUGGGCUCAGCUCCUAUCCUGAAGGGAAGAAACCAAAAGCAGUUACUUUCCUUGUUCCUUCCCUUGCUGCUCUGUUCUUCAUCCCUGCCCAACCUUCCUUCCCCUGGCCCCCCACACACUCAUCUUCCCACUGUUGUAAAGGAGCCACCUCGAACAUUAACAAUAAACCAACUUUGUGGCAGUUA